AUUUACAAUGAUAAACGAAUGUUAUAAAACCUUUUGUUAUCAAACAUUCUAUUAAAGAAUUAAAAAAAAAAUUAAUUAUCUAUUUUUCGUCUGUGAACUGAAGUGACAUUUAAUCCUGAAAGACAAAAUACUUCUAUUUGUUUUAAUUCCUUGUGCCGUAAGAGUAAAUAAACAUGCGUUUUUAUACAUAUAAUGGAAGCGAAAAUACAAAAGCAAAUCGUUGACUACUUUUCCUUUUUCGAAGAUUUUUUUAAUACGUCCAAAACGUGUUUGAAAAUCUGCCAAAACUGCGCAAUAUCUAUUAAUAAAUUGAUACACCGUUGCAACAAUAUCAAAGAGGCUAAUGUGACAGGGACACCACUUGAAGGAUUUGACGGAUUACAAAGAAAAUUGAUAGCGGCUUUACAUAACCUAAUAUCUGAUGAUAUUCGCGAAAUUCAAACACAACGAUCAGCAGUUGAAGAUUCAUUUGAGAGCCUUUGUAAUAAACACAAAAUCUUAUUAGAAAGUUGUAAGGAGAUUGAUUUUACACAAGAAACAUUAAUUAUAAAGGGUACACCUCUCCAACCACCUCUGGAACAAUUGCUAAAGUUUGCGGAAGAAACUAUUACAUUCGGAAGUGAAGUCUGUGCUCAGAUUGAGACCUCAUUACAGGUUCUAGCUUUUAAAGAACUUAAUACAAAGUCAAUUGCUGAUAACUUCAAAAUAUCAAGUGACUGGCAGAGAAAAGUACUGGAAAUCAUAGCAUAUACAUCUUUUUGUUCAGAAAACGUUAUAUAAAAAUGGAUCUCCUAGGUUCCAUUUUAAAUUCCAUGCAAAAGCCACCGACCGCAAGCGAGGCUCAAAAAAAGGCUAUCAAGAAACAUAAAGAAGCAUUGGAACGAAAACAGAAAGAAGAAAAGACUAUCUUAGAUAAAUUUUGUAAGCGAGUAGAAGAAAAAAUAAGCGAUUUUAUUAUAGAUGGUACAAAACCUUAUUUACAAUUUGAACCGAUGGAUCAAAUGUACAGAUCAGUUAUACGAGAUGCGGCUACUACUGCUGGUGCUCAAGUUUACUCAUUCGGUCAAGAAGGUAUAGAUAGAUAUUGUGUAGUUUAUUUGAAAGAUAGAGGUCCAUCAGAAGACGAACUAACAGUACGGAGAGCUGGUGGUAUUUGGGAUGAGGAAAAAGCAGCAGAAAUGGCGCAAAAACGUCUUGAAAUGGAAAAACAGGCUGCUUUAGAGAAUGAAGAAGAAAAAAAUAGAAAACGUAAGCACGGUAAAGAGGAAUUGAGUGGUACAUUUUAUAAACAAAAAUAUGCUCAUCUGAUUGGCCAAGAAGCUGCGAUCGAUGCAGCUCAAAAGACAAACAUGAAUAAGAGUUAUGGUGAGGUGCCGAGUGAGAACAAAAAGGAUUUACGUUCUAUAGAGCAAACAAUGGCUGACAUUAAAGCUAAGAAAGUUAAAAAGGCUGAAACAGAAAAAAAUGUAGAUGGUUCAAGUAGUUUUGGAUUUUAACCUAGUUAAAUAGUAAAUAAAUUGACUUGUUACUAUUUAUAUUACUAUAUUCUUGGACUAUAAAAUACACUCGACUUCAAGAUGUUGAGAAAAUAUAUAUUUCAAUGCAUAUUUCCAAUAAUAUUUUUUUUACUGUUAACACAUACAUAUAUUCACCAUUCACACUUAUUCGUGUCUUUAACGCUAUUGUUGGAUCACGAGAGAACUUCAAGUUGGAAGACUGUAUAUUAAUAUCAAAUAUCUUAUGAUAAAUGUUAGGACUUAACCAAUAUUUGUGUCCAUUUCUCUAUGUAAAUGAGAUGUCUUAUGGUCUGCAAAUAUGAUAAUUAUCACACUUUAAGUGUAAAAUAUAGGGAUUCAUAAAAUAUACAUAUAGUUAGAUUCUUUAUAAAAAAGGAUCUUCUUAAUUAAAACAGUUAUUAAAAAUAUGAUUUAAUAUGGACACGGGGUCCAAAACUUAAGUAUUGUGAGGUUUUAUGUUUCCCAUCUAAAUUUUAUUUUUGUAGAAGAAUUCUCUUUUUUUUUAUAUUUCAAAAAUUGUCUGUCAAAUUAUGUGUGUUGUCAUAGCAAUAAUAUUGAUGACGUGAGAUGUUCAAGAAAAUAGUGAAAUAUGCGGUGCUUAAUUAUGUUAAAUUACAAAUGUGUGUCAUUUUUACCGUAACGUAGUGUCCUACGUAUUACGAAUGUAAGCAAUAUUAAAUUCACAUAACUAAUAAGACUGUACUGUUAUACUGUACAUAGAAUAGGAUAAAUUUCUCUUAUAAAGUAUAUAAUGCUACAAUAUAAUUUCAAAAUCUUUUUUAUGUUCGAGAUUCUCUUAUGACUAAUGUCUAAUGACCAUUUUAGGAUUAAAUCGAUAUGAUACUGCUUAGUAGUUUUUCAUACUAGAUAUAUAAGUUUAGACAUGUUUAUUUAUGUCAGGUUCAAAGUAUUGCACCCCCAAGUGCUGAAGCCGACAUAUGGUCUAGGACUACCUACCCGGGUAUCGGUAUAUAUCACCCGUAAAUGCGUUCCCCUGCGAUACCAAAAAAAGGUUCAAAGGGAUGUGUAUUGAUCAUUAGUAUCUAAAAAUGGUGAUAAUUUAGAUAAAUUGGUAUAUCUGCAUGUAUAACUAUGUGUAACUAAUAUUGAUAAUUUAGAUUAAUUCAUUGAUAUAGAUUAGUUAAUUAAAAAUCUUAGAUAAUCAUAAAACUUUUAUGUAAUUUACUAUAUUUACUUGACCAUAUGGGCAGUUUUACGGCUGGUUUCAAUAUUCUAUCUAUCUUUGAAUUUGCUUGAAUUUUGACGUAAGCUACGUACAAAUUCUGUCAAAAAAAAUCUGUCUGUAUUAGGCAAAGCGAGAGAUAUAUAGAUUAUUGAAAAUUGCCUUAUGACUAGUUCAUAGUUUUGUACAUCAACCGAUAAAUAUAUGUUGUGAAAUUUGGCACAACUGAAACCAUCAAAGUUAUCUAUCAAAACGAAAGAAAUAUUUAAAAUCAAAUGGCAUAACUUUACACAAGAUAGUUAUUUUUUUUUUUUUUUUUUUAUUAGUUUUUCAUUUAUAAUUUGAUUUUAGAAUACCAUCGUGAAAAGUGUUUGCACUAGUAGUGUGUCAUUGUGUGUUCAUAUUAAAUAACAACCUAUAUAACGAAAUAUCCUAUUUGUAUGCAAUGCCAAUCUAAGUAGAAUAUAGAUAAAACAAUAAUUAUUUUUCUACAGUAAAUCAUAAAAAGAUAACAAUUUGGACAAGGAUACUUAAUUUUUUUUUUUUACGUACUAUGUAAUGUUUUUUUUUUUCAUAUAUAGGUUUUAUAAUACUGCUAUAGAAAAAUUGUAAGCAUGGUAAAAUGUAUAAUUGAUUUAUAUUCUAAAAAUUUGAAUGUAACAUGGUAAUUGCUAUCCGUGGAAAUAGCAAUAAUUAUUUUAAUUGAAGUAAUAAUUUUUUUUUUUUUCAGAUUACUUUUAAUUGUGAAGUACUAUUUUGUGUACCUGAUGUUAUAGUUAAAAUGUAAGUAAUUUAACUUCGGGAUAAAAAAUAUCAAAAUAAACUAUUCUAAAAUUUAAA